CAGAGGCGUCGUUACUGUCACGUCUUUAGCGGGUAGACUUUCGAGCUCAAGCCGACAGAAUAUCGAAGUUGACGCGCUUUGUUUUGGUUAUCGGGAAGUCUUUGGGAUUUAAAAUACGAGUUUCAGAAGAAUCUCUUAAUCUGAACCCGACAAAUGACGUCAUAAAAACUAAAGACCCCGGAUGUUUUUUUUAACUCCUUUCUCUCACUCAGUCUUCAUAGUCACAAUGCUAACUAGCUAGCUAAUGCUAACGUAAGCUAACUCGACAGAAGAACCAUGAAUCGCGAUGAAACAGUUUCCUCUUUUGUCGUCACGUCAGUCAGCUCGUAAACAAGAGGUCGCAGAAACAAUAAACAUUUUUGAUGGCGGUGGCUCCCGCCUCGAUGGCGGAUAAGAUCAUAGUCCUUGAUGAUGAUGAAGAGGAUUCUCCUCCGCAGUCCCGCUCUGCCUCCACCCUGUCCUCUCCUCAUGUCACGACCCUCAGAGUUCAGCAGACGGCCCCUACCCACAUAACCAAGUCACCGUUUGCCUCAGCGAAGAAGGACGCACACGUCCUGCAGGCGGAGAAUCAGAGACUGUUCACUGAGUUUGUGGAGCACUGUUCAGUUCUCACUAAGGACUGCCCUGAGGUCUUGACCUUCCUCCAAGCCAAACAUUCAAAAUCCUCUCCCGACUUUCUGUCGUCCGUGGAGUUCAGGAACACCUUAGGACGAUGUUUAACUCGCGCUCAGGCCCACCGCUCCAAAACCUUCGUCUACAUCAACGAACUGUGCACUGUGCUCAAGCAGCAUGCAGCUAAGAAGAGGCAGACCCUCUCCAAGGUCGAGCCUGGGCCUUGUACCUCAACGUGGAAUUCUCUCCAGACUACCUCUGCUCUCCACAAAGGUAAAAACAAGACUAAAGAUGAGAGAGGGGAAGAGGAGGGGGAGGAGGAAGAAGAAGGGGGCGCACUGACCUCAGAGGAUAAACAGCCAUCCACCUCAGGGCUGCAGGAGGGCACCGAGGUCGACAAACAGGAGGAACAGGACGCAGAGAGAAAGGCAAACAGGGCAUCCAGGAAACAGAUAGCGUACCUGGAGAAACUACUGAAGGUGUACAACGAUGAGAUCUGCCGCCUGCAGAGGGCUGAGCUGAAUUUGGACGACAUGGGAACAGAAGACUCUUCGUACAUCCAGGAGCACAAACUCAAACGCAAGAUGAUGAAGAUUUAUGAGAAGCUGUGUGAGCUGAAGUGCUGCAACACACUAACAGGCCGAGUCAUCGAGCAGAAGAUCUCCUACAAAAGCACUCGUUACCCAGAGAUCAACAGGAAGAUUGAACGUUUCAUCAACAGUCCCGAGGCACUAAGGAACCCUCCGGAUUACCAAGACAUCCUCCAGCAGGUUCUGCGCGCCAACGAGCGCCACAACCUGUGCCUGAGCCGGAAACAGCUGAACCAGAUGGCCCAGGACGCUUUCAGAGAGACCGGGAGCCGCAUGCAGGAGAGACGUCACCUGGACCUGGUGUACAACUUCGGCUCGCCCCUCACUGACCCCUACAAACCUGCCACAGACCCGGCUCUGUCAGACCCCACACUGCUGCGGAAGCUGCGCUCCAACAGAGAAGUGGCUCUGACCCGUCUGGAGGAGGUCAUCACCAAGUACGCCGUCAAACAAGAAGACACGGAGGAGCAGGAGAGGAUCCGUCGACAGGAGAAAGACCGCAAGGACAAAGAGGGCCAUAAAUCGGAAAAGGAAGAGGAAAAAAACGAGGCCAACGGAGUGAAAGGGGAAGAAGAAGAAGAAGAAGACGAGGAGGAGGAGGAGGAGGAGGAAGAGGAUGAAGAAGAUGAUGAAUCUUCAGAUCCAGACAUUGAGGAAGAGAUUCAGGCCAGCACUCAGCAGGAAGGACCAGACGAUGAGAACGAGGAGGACGACAGCAACGAGGCGGAGAACGCAGGUGACGAAACCAACAAGGACGAUCAGACGGACGUGCUGUCAGGGAGCGUUUCUGCAGGGGACGAAGAAAACACAAAAGAUGAGGAUGAGGAUCCUGUCACAAGUGGACUCAGUCCUCUGUCUGAUGAUAGCGCGUCCCAAAUCUCUCCGCUGUCCGACAUGCCCUCCCCCAGACACAGCCCCAGCCAGUCAGAGCCAAGGCAGUCUAAUGACCACGUGCCCCUGUCCAAUGGUAACCUCACAGGAGUAAACGAGCCCGUGGAUUCCUCCAAUCAUGUUUCAGUUGUGCUGGUUAGCACAAGCAAAGUCACUACGAACCCGUCGGAAGGCUCCCCUGUAGCAGCCAAUGGGGUGUCUCCGUCACAGGAUGUCAUGAUAGAAAGUUGUAACACACAGACAACGACCGGCACAUCGCCGCCGCCCAGCCCCAGAGCCAUGAGGAGCCAGAAGAGGAAGAGAGAGGAUUCACCAUCAGAGAACUCCAAGAAACACAUCAUCAUCCAUGACAGUGAGGUAGACAUCCCUCUGGACAUGGGCGUUUUUAGCUGCAAUUCUCCACAGCAGGCCGAGUCCACCCGAGCAGACACCCCAACCCAGGAAAUGGUCACCAGCUCACAGAUGACUCCGCCUCCCAAGAAAAACAAGGUCAACGUGGCCACACAGUGUGACCCCGAGGAGACCAUCGUCCUCUCAGACUCAGACUGACCUCUCACUCUCCUGCAGGACUCCUCCCCCUCUCACCUGGAUAUAUUUUUUUGAAACUACUUUUAUACAGACCGUCUUUGUCUGCUGGCUCGUGAAGACUUGUUAAAGCUCAGUGUUUUCCAAUUCAAGACGUGAAGAUGAAGUUUCUUCAAUGACAGCAGCCUUUCACUCGCUGUGAGCGACGGGGGAUCACUCUGAGUUUAGUACCUCGUGUCACUUACAUUCUACCAAACAGAAGCCCAGACGAGUGUUUUUGACUCAAAUAAAAUGAUCAAUUUUGAAAGAAAGCUGCUUUAACUGCAUGAGUUUUUUUGGGGAGACAUAGAUAUCAGGGUUUUGGCGCUCUUUCUUGGUUGAUUAAUUUACUGGAACUUAAGUUUGUGUGGUCUGGGAAAGAUACCAGUGCCUGGAAACAUGAACUGUGCAGCGGGAUGCGUGGCUUCGAUGAGGGAGUUUUGUUUUCUCGGACACUCGACUGGCGAGGCCUGUGAAGCCUGGCUGCCUGUUUGUUUACAUUUUUAUAUCUCAAUCCAGUUUAUUUCUCUAAAGGGGGGAGGGGAGUGGUUGUUUGUAUGGGAAUACUUUUGAUAUUUGUAUAGUUUUAUUUGCUGUUGAUAUUUAUGCAUUGAAUUAGUCCGCUGCAUUGACAUGUUGAACUUUACCUUUAAGUUCCUCCUCCAAACACUUUUCUGGUUUUUAGGUUUGUAAUAAAAGUGAGUUGUUUUUUUUAAUUCAGAGAUUUUUCUGCUGAAGGUCAGGUGAAAAGUUUCCUGAUGGUUUUUGGUUUGAAUCAAAGACUGUAUUUACAAACGGACAGCGAGCCUCAGACUCCUGUUGAACGGGAUGAAGCCAAAAUGUCAUUCAUCCAACCAGAGUGUGCAGCAGGGACUAGCUGGAAGAGCCGCUCUAUUGACACUUCUGCUGAUGAAUACACGCUUACCGUUAAAACAGCAAAGCCCCCUCAGGUCAGUACGGUCCACAGCAGAACAGAUUCUUCUCGGUCUGAAGCAGACACUCACGGUUGUCUAAGUUCUAGGACUCUUGUGUUUGUUAGAUUUCCUGCUGUUCUCUGCUAAUCCGCUGCACAAAGCUCAGCAGGAGCCUCAUUCAUCAAUAGAGCUGUCAAUCAUGACAUGGUGUGCUGUUUGAUGGCAUCAAAUCACUAACUGAAAUCGAGCAUAUGCAAACUGAAAACGGUCAUGUUAUAGAAAAAUGUACGACGUGCAUCAGCUCUAAAUCUCUUGGCUUCACUCGCGGCGACGCGUUCUGCUGUCCGUUCUUUAUACAGUCUAUGGUUCGAAAGACUUGCAAACUUUUCAAAAGUAAAUCAAAAUUUCUCCUAUCAUCAAUAAAUCCGCUGAACUAUUUUGUUAGGCGUAUAUAUUUGUUCUUUCUCUGUGCCAAAGGGAUCAAUGUUUCCCACAAACUCUUAAACGCAUCAAUGAGCCUUCGUCCGGUGCUUCGUUUCAGCACCGGACAUUAUCCUACAGUAUGAUCAACAUAAAUAAGCUUUGAUUUCUUUCUUUGUCAGAAACUUUAGAGAUCUCUUGUUAGACAGAAAAGCGGAUCAUGUUUGACCCUAUUUUCCAGAUUUGUGUUUUCUUUAGGAAUAAUGACGUUGGAAGGUUUAGUUUUGUUUUGUCGUCAUGAGAAACGUGUCAAACGAUCCCGCCUUGUCCUUUGAGAAGCUAAGAGAGAGUCCUCAUUGUGACUCUGAUUGUUUCUACCUGAACUGCUUCCUGUGGCUUCAUUAACAACAUUUACUCACCUACUCACAGUUUGAGCCCUCCACAGAGACAGAGACGGCUCUUUUGAUUUAUUUUUGUAUUUAUUUGAACCGUCUUUGACAAAUUAAGGAUCCUAAACAUCCGACUGCGAUGGAGAUCUCAACAUACUGUCCUGAUCCUCACUCUGAAUUGUCAUCAACAAUCUGAAAGCAGAUCUGUCUUCCUGACACAUGAGGUGAUUCUGUUUCCUCUAAAUUCUCAUUAUGAAGCAGAGAUGUGAUUGCAGAUGUUUCCUCCUGUUAAUACACUGGGUUUUCAGAUACAUUCAUGUUUCUGUGAUUUGCUCUCACAUGCCGUGUUGAAUUUGAGAAAUUAGAUUUUAUUACGACCUGUGUGUGUCUGUCUGUCUGUCUGUCUGUGUAUAUCUGUUCCACACCACGUUAUUUCUUUUUCCCCCUCUCUGAGUCUCAUUUAAAUAUGUUUUGAUGUGCAGGUGAAAUUACAUUUUGGGGCUAAUUCUCUUUAGAGUAACUAGAAUGUAGACCUGGGAUGUAGUUGUUGUAGCUACGACCCGUCAGGCCUCGUUUAUUCAGAGGAGUGAUCCAUCGUCCACUGUGAACUUUUUCUUUUUUUGAUAAUAAAUGAUACUUUUUUACAA